GAAGGCAGUUCUUGGAGUUCACCGGAGGGUGGUGGCGACUGGUUCUUAUCCUUGCCUGACUUGGAUAAAGGACUGCUCUAAACACUGAUCGAGGCCUUUUGUGCCAUGGUACUUCUCGUGAUUUGCCUCGUACCUUAGUGUCUUGCAGUUGUGUGUUUCUCCAAGUAUUACUCUACUGCGUCGUUAUGCCAGAGAGAGAUAGAGAGAGAUGCCAUGGUUACAAUGGGAGUUGUACAACAUUAUUACCAGAGAAUGUAUAUUUUUAAUGACUCAAAUCUUGAUUAAAUAAGUGGAUACCUAACUGUAAACAAUAGAGGCAGAAGAUUAUUAAGGUAAGACCUCUACAAAAAGUAAUUAUUAAAAUGGGCCUAUCUAAAGCUGAGGCAUUUUUCAAAAGUGAAGAGGAGCUGGAGAUAAUAUAUCCAGCAGAAAUUUAAUCUGCCAAAGACAAGAAAAAGAUGAAAGAAAUGAUCCUGAGAGAGAACCCAGAGAUACUGUUAUCUGACUACAGUGGACCAGAAAACAACAGAGUCCGGUGUAACCUGCUCUUCUUUACCGAACACCCAUCAUCCUGGCACACCGUCCUCUGCUCCGCCAUGACAUGUAUGAGGAAAGGAGGCAUCAGCAAAGGUAGACGACGACACAAAGCUGACUGUGAACCUUUAUCACAAUGGCACAGUCAUGGUCCAGGGACCAGAAACCAGCCUCAAUGAAUUCCAGAGGAACUUCAGAAAUCUUAAACAGGGGGUUCAGAAGAUUAAGAAAGAUCCUGAAGUAAAGAGCCAGGCAGAAGAUGAGGCAGUUACCAUCACUGACCCCAGCUCAAGAACACAUGGGCACACCAGCACUCCUGCGUCUCCCAAGAUAAAGGCUUUGAGAGAUAACAUCGCUGAGCUGGAGCAGGACUUCUUCCUGUUUAAAGAGGAAACUAACAACAACCUUCAUCAGCUCCUGAACCUGACCAGUGUGCAACAACUUCAACAACUCUGCUCUGCUGUAAGACACCUGGAGGAGGACAAUCAAGAGCUGCGGCAGGAGCUGAGGAGGGUGAGAGAGGAACUGACCAGAAGAGAACAACACGGCCACACUCUGGAGAGACGGCUGGAGGAGACCAGGACCCAGCUACACACAAUACAACAGCAGCAGUGCGUCAGCACACAACCCCACAGCACCUCCACGACCACAACUCAACACCAGAGGUGUGUCGGCUCACAAACACCCAGCACCUCCACAAACUCAGCUCAACAGCAGCGUGUCAGCACACAGUCUCAGAGCUCCUUCACCCCUGCCACCCGUCAGUCUCCUCAAGCCCAUCAGAGCCUCAAGAGGAAAGACAUAUUCAUCCACCGAAUACAACAUCAUCAUCCACGAGCAACAGCAGAGUACAGGAGAGAAAAGACAACAUCGUCAUCCUCUGCGACUCCAACGGCCAUCAUCUUGACCCCAGACGACUGUUUCCGGGGAGAUCGGUGAAGAAGUUCUGGUGUCCCACCUCACACUCUGCUUUAAGACUGCUGCAAGAGGGUGCAUUGGGUCACACAUUAUUAUUCACACCGGAACAAACGACCUCAGCACCAGAAGGGUGGACGUCACAAAAGCCCUGACCAGCGUGGUGAGAACAGCUAGCAGGAUCUACCCCAGAGCCAAAGUCAUCAUCUCGAGUCUUCUACCUCGCAGAGACGUGCCACAAAGGAUCAUCAACAACAUCAACGUGGAGAUAGCUAACAUCUGUGCCCCAAUACCGAAUGUCCACAUAGCCAACCAUCAGCAAAUCACACAUCAGCAUCUCUACGACCAUAUCCACAUCCACCGAGAGGGCAUGAGACUGUUUGCAAAACCCAAGGCAUCGACCCUGAACAGCCCUCAGAAGACACAUCCGGACCGGGAGGAGAGAGCUGGGCAGCUUCCCGGCAGCGACGCCGCUGUACCGGCACGACGAGACUCCAAAUCCUACACCCCUCCAAACUACAGAGAGCUGCGUAUCCCGUCAAUCAAACAGCCUAAUGUUAAAAACACAAGAGAUUCAGGAGGAAUCAUAGUUUGGUUCAAAGACCAUCUGUGGCAGUAUAUUCAGCCUGUGAAAAAAGGAAAAACACAUAUUUGGAUAAAACUUAAAAAAGAGAUUUUGUGUUUAGAUGAGGACCUGUACCUAUGUGCCACAUAUAUCCCCCCACGUGAGUCGUAAACAGUAAACAGACACGGAAAACAGGUCCUGCAGCUCUGCAAAAGCCUGGGUCUAUACAUAGUUAACGGCAGAAUAAAGGGUGAUUCUCUGGGUCGACUCACCUACUGCUCCUGUCUGGGCAGCAGCACAGAUUACGCCAUUACAGAUCUAGACCAAAGCAAAAUCAACUAUUUCACAGUGAUGCCACAGCUACCGUUAUCAGACCACAGCCACAUAGUCCUCAGUCUGAACACGUCAGUGAAUCUUCUGCCAUCUUCAGAGCAGAAGGUCAAACUGUACCCCCUCCCCUCCACAUUUAUAUGGAGUAAAGACAGUCCUGCCCAGUACGAAGCCGAGCUCCACAGCACUCAUGAGGAGAACAUGAUGGACUCAUUUCUACUGACUUCAUUUGGUGAAUAGAAGAAAAUGAUCAAUUUAGCAACAGAACAAUUAACUUCAAUUUUCUCUACAGUAGUCAGAAAAGCCCUGAGAAAAAGAAAACAUUACAGAUGUAAAAAAGAAAUCGCUAAAGCUGGUUGGUUUGAUAAAGAAUGCCAAAAACUAAGAAAAGAAUUACGAUCAUUAUCAAAUAAAAAACACAGAGACCCUGCAAACCAACAAACACGAGCCACAUAUCAACAAACCCUUAAGAUAUACAAGUCACUGCUGAUACAGAAAAAAGCUGAUCACAUGAAGAUGAAGCUCAACAAGAUCGAGGAGGCAGUCGAUCAAUUAUUUUUGGGAAUUAUGGAAUAAUUUAGAUAAAUCCAGAGAAGCUAAACACAUUCCCAUCCACGACCCAAACAUCUGGACUGAACAUUUCGGAAAACUCUUUUCACAAAAUGAACCAACCCUUACCCAAAAACAUCUGACCUCUGAACUACACGACCUAGAAUUCACCAUUAAAGAGCAGCUAAACCAUCUAGACAAACCCAUAGCAUUAAAUGAACUAAUAGACAAAAUGAAAUCCCUAAAAAUAAAAAUCCUGUGGCUUGGAUGGAAUAUCUAACGAGAUGCUGAAACACAGCAGCUCCAAAUUGAAAGAUGCUAUUCUGAAAUUAUUCAAUCUCGCACUAAAAUCAGGACACUUUCCCGAAAUCUGGAAAGAAAAUCUAAUAACUCCAAUUUUUAAACAAGGUGAGAAGUAUGACCCAAACAAUUAUAGAGGCAUCACAGUCAGCAGCAACCUCGGAAAACUAUUCUGCUCGAUUAUUAAUGACAGAUUAGUUCAGUUCAUUCAAGAACACACAAUUAUAAACAACUGUCAAAUUGGAUUUAUGCCUAAACAGAGAACAUCAGAUCACAUUUACACACUCCACACACUCAUACAAAAAUACGUUACGCAGACAAAACAAGGACAAAUAUUUGGUUGCUUCACUGAUUUCCAAAAAGCCUUCGAUUCGGUGUGGCACGAUGGACUUUUCCUAAAACUUAUCCAGAGUGGAAUAGGAGGAAGGACAUAUGACAUCAUAAAGGACAUAUACAACGGGAACAAAUGCUGUGUCAAAAUCAACGACAAACGAACGGAUUAUUUCAGUCAAACGAAAGGAGUCCAUCAAGGCUGCAGCCUCAGCCCGACUCUAUUUAAUAUCUAUAUUAAUGAACUGGCAUCAGCACUUGAUAAGUCCUCUGGUCCUGGUCUGACCCUCGAGGGCAGAGAAAUCAAAUACCUCCUGUAUGCAGACGAUCUUCUGCUCUUGUCUCCUCAUGAAGAGGGGCUGCACCAAAGCCUCUCCAUUCUGGAACAGUACAGUAACGAUUGGGCCUUACCGAUAAACAUGGAGAAGUCAAAAAUCAUGAUCUUUCAGAAAAAGCCUGGCGUACACAUAACACAUUAAUACGCUUCUAUUAUUCAAAUCCGUUAAAGGAUUGUUAGGCUGCAUUAAUUAGAUCAACCGGAACCGGGACACUCCCCAUAACACACGAUGUACUCGUUACAUCGUAAGUUGAAUGGCAUCUACGCUAAUAUUAGUCUGUUUCUUUCUUACUCUGUUUCUCAGUCCGUAUCCGAUCAGAUGGUGGAUCAGCACCAAGAGGUGAUGUCUACAGCCCUGAUCGUCAGCGGAGACCAGCACACCCAGAUGACCCCCAGAGAUAUAUCCCUAGAUAUAUCAACCAAAAAUAACUAAAUAACUAAAAUAUAAUAAAAUACCUAACUACAUAAUACUACUAUUGUUAGAAAUUGCAACAAAAUUAAAAUAGAAAUAUAAACUUUUGAACUGCGGGUUUCGUCUGGUCAGAGGAGAACUGGCCCCCGACUGAGCCUGGUUUCUCCCAAGGUUUUUUUCUCCAUUCUGUCUCGGAGGGAGUUUUGGUUCCUUGCCGCUGUCGCCUCUGGCUUGCUCAGUCAGGGACACUUAAUUUCUAGCGAUUAUCGCCGAUUUGAUUGCACAGAUACUAUUUAAACUAAACUGAGCUAGACAAUGACAUCUCUGAAUUCAAUAAUGAAAUGCCUUUAACUGAAAAUUGAGUGUUUAAUCUUGUCAUUAUACAUUACUAACAAUCUACUAAUAAUCCAAUUUGAUAUUGUUAAGUGCUUUGACACAAUCUGUGUUGUUAAAAGCGCUAUAUAAAUAAAGGUGACUUGACUUGACUUUUUAAAUGUAUCUACAUGCAUGUUUUUGUUGCAUCUGUUCUAGAUUCAAUGUAAACACUACGCUUUGGCAAUACAUUGUAACAAUUGUCAUGCCAAUUAAGCGAAGAGAGAGAGAGAGAGAGAGUUAUUUUCUGACUUCAUCGCUGGUACUGAAGGAGGCGCUGUGACGAUCUUUAGUUCACCCGUAAAACCACUGAAGAAAGAAGGUUGGAGCGCUCCGAUGUUGAUCAUGAAAGCGCAGGUGGAUGUGAUCUGCUGUAAAUCAGUAGGAACUGAUCUGUCCAUGCUGGAUAUUGAGGAUUUCAUCACAGAAAUCUGUCGGCUGAAGAAAGAGGUGGCGUCACUGGAGGCAAAGCUGAGAGAAAGAGGAGACAAACUGAACAGAGAGGAUGUGGAGAAGGUUUCAGUGCGUGUGGCUGAUGGGACAGAAGCUCAGGAUUCAGUCUGGAGCGUCAGAGAUCAGAGAUCCAGAGACACACAGGACUCAGAGCUCAGCCUCACUUUACUCUGUUAUACUGACGCUCAGGAUCAUGAAUCCACUGAUCAAACCUCUGACUGUAACGCUGGAGAACAGCAGAUGCUGCAGACGCCGCUGAAGAUGUGCUCCGUCAAACUGGUGGACUGCAGGAACCUGAUCGAGAGCAGAGCAGAAGAAACCACCGCAGAGGAACAACAACAGAGUCACGAGGAAGAGGAUGAAGAUCAGAAUGAGGAUGAGGAUGAAUAUGAGAAUAAUGGGAAUGAUGAUGACUAUGAUGAAGAUUUCAUUCCUCCAGAAGAAAGUCAUAUACACCUUGGAUGGCUUGAAGAUGACAAAGGCUGUUCAUCUGACGGAGAAACAGCCUUAACAUCAAAAGAGCAGCUGACGGUCAAGAGUUUUCCUUGUGCCACCUGUGGAAAAACACUGAGUUCACAGGGUCAUUUAGCGAGACACGAGAGAAAACACACAGAACAGAAAGACUUCAGCUGCAGGAGAUGCAACAUCAGCUUUCCUACCGCAGAAGAGAGGAGACUUCAUUCAAAAGAGCACAGCGUGAAGAAGGAGUUUCACUGUGAACACUGUGGGAAGGUUUUUUUCAUUCAUUAUAGUCUAAAAGUUCACUUGAAGACACACGGUGGAAAGUCUUUCCACUGCAGUGAAUGUGACAAGUAUUUCAGCACCAAAACAAACCUUGAUGUUCAUAAGCGAAUCCACACGGGAGAAAAACCGUACAAGUGUCCUCACUGCGAGAAGAGCUUCAGCCAGGGACCUCAUCUGAAGAAACAUGUGCGUGUUCACACCAAUGAGAGGCCGUACCAGUGCAGUGAAUGUGGAAAAACCUUUAAAAACUCAAGCUCUCUAAAGUCACACCAAAGUAUCCACUCAGGUGAGAAACCGUUUCAGUGCAAAUACUGCGAGAAACGAUUCCGUAAACGAUCUACUCUGAACUGUCACGAGAGGACUCACACCGGAGAGAAACCGUAUCUGUGCUCCUACUGUGGGAAGAGCUUUUCUGAUCAGGGUUCUUUUGUAUCUCAUAAGCGAGUCCACACUGGAGAAAAACCAUAUCACUGCAGCAUCUGUGGGAAGAGUUUCAGUAAACAUAGUUCUUUACAAAACCACAAGAGGACUCAUAGCGGAGAAAGACCUUUCAAGUGCUCACAAUGUGACAAGACGUUUGCUCGGUCAGACAUCCUCAAGGUCCAUCAGCGAGUUCAUACAGGAGAGAAACCUUACUCCUGCUCCAUCUGCGGCGAGAGAUUCGCUUAUUUAGGUAGUUUUCAGACCCACCAGAACAAACACGCUAAAGAACAAACUGCUCCAGAAUCAUCAGAAGCAUUUAUGCCACCAUGUCAGAUGUUGAUCAUGAAAGCGCAGGUGGAUGUGAUCUGCUGUAAAUCAGUAGGAACUGAUCUGUCCAUGCUGGAUAUUGAGGAUUUCAUCACAGAAAUCUGUCGGCUGAAGAAAGAGGUGGCGUCACUGGAGGCAAAGCUGAGAGAAAGAGGAGACAAACUGAACAGAGAGGAUGUGGAGAAGGUUUCAGUGCGUGUGGCUGAUGGGACAGAAGCUCAGGAUUCAGUCUGGAGCGUCAGAGAUCAGAGAUCCAGAGACACACAGGACUCAGAGCUCAGCCUCACUUUACUCUGUUAUACUGACGCUCAGGAUCAUGAAUCCACUGAUCAAACCUCUGACUGUAACGCUGGAGAACAGCAGAUGCUGCAGACGCCGCUGAAGAUGUGCUCCGUCAAACUGGUGGACUGCAGGAACCUGAUCGAGAGCAGAGCAGAAGAAACCACCGCAGAGGAACAACAACAGAGUCACGAGGAAGAGCAGGAGGAGGAUGAUUAUUAUUAUGAUGAGAAUAACUGGAAUGAUGAUGAUGAAGAUGAAGAUUUCAUUCCUCCAGAUGACAAAGGCAGUUCAUCUUCUGAUGGAGAAACAGCCUUAACAUCAAAAGAGAAUCUGACGGUCAAAGGGUCAUUUAGCGAGACACGAGAUAAAACACACAGAACAGAAAGACUUCACCUGCAGGAGAUGCAACAUCAGCUUUCCUACCGCAGAAGAGAGGAGACUUCAUUCAAAAGAGCACAGCGUGAAGAGGAGUUUAACUGUGAACACUGUGAGAAGGUUUUUUUCACCACUGCUCAGAAUAUGAAAAUUCAUAUAAAGACACACAAAGAAAAGUCUUUCCACUGCAGUGAAUGUGACAAGUAUUUCAGCACCAAAGCAAAUCUUGAUGCUCAUAAGCGAAUCCACACGGGAGAAAGACCGUACAAGUGCCCUCACUGUGAGAAGAGUUAUAACCACGGAUCUCAUCUGAAGAAACAUGUGCGUGUUCACACCAAUGAGAGGCCGUACCAGUGCAGUGAAUGUGGAAAAACCUUCACAGACUCAAGCUGUCUGAAGUCACACCAGAAAAUCCACUCAGGUGAGAAACCGUUUCAGUGCAAAUACUGCGACAAACGAUUCCGUCACAAAUCCUACCUGAACUGUCACGAGAGGACUCACACCGGAGAGAAACCGUAUCUGUGCUCCUACUGCGGGAAGAGCUUUUCAAAUCCAUCUCAUUUUAUAUUUCAUAAGCGAGUCCACACUGGAGAAAAACCGUAUCACUGCAGCGUCUGUGGGAAGAGUUUCAGUAAACAUAGUACAUUACAAAACCACAAGAGGACUCAUAGCGGAGAAAGACCUUUCAAAUGCUCACAAUGUGAUAAGACGUUUGCUCGAUCAGACGUCCUGAAGGUCCAUCAGCGAGUUCAUACAGGAGAGAAACCUUACUCCUGCUCCAUCUGCGGCGAGAGAUUCGCUUAUUUAGGUAGUUUUCAGACCCACCAGAACAAACACGCUAAAGAACAAACUGCUCCAGAAUCAUCAGAGUGACUUUCAUCAGUCAAUCUGGAAAAAACUGAAACUGUUCAUUGAGCUCUUGCUGCCAGUAGGGAGCAGUGAGCUUUCAUGUGGUGGAUUGAACCGAAUGUUGUAUAUAAAGUCAUGUUUGACAGAGUAGAGCAGACCUGGGCAUUUGGCCCUUUGCCUAUCCUUGACCGGCAUGAGGUAAUUUGUGAAUCGUGAAUUAAAAGUCAAUCGUAGAUAGGCCUAGGUGUAAUUACGCAAUGCAACGGCACUGCAAACCAAUUCAAAUACAAAUAUUUCCUGAUUAUUGUAAUCUGUAUGAAGGUUGCAUUUCUCUCUAAAGUACUCUGGAGAUGAGAGAGAAUUAAUAAACAAUUAAAAUAUCUCAUUUUCUCCAACACAUUCAUAAUCAUUAGGCGACUUUUGCCUGUGCUUGUUGGCAACCUUUAUACUUGUGCUUCAGCAUGGAAUUGAAGCUCAUUGGAUUAUUAGCUUUAAUAUAAACAUGCAAUUAGUUAAUAAUGACUUAAAUGAAUGACUAGUUAAGUUGUUGGGGGCAGCCCUAUUAAAUACCAGCUAGACGUCUUUGUUAAAGUUUUUAAAGUAAUUUAGCUACGCGUUUCCAUUGUUGGAUAAAUUCCGCUUUCAGAACUGUCACGUCCGUCAUGGAGAGAUGUCCAUCCGUGAUAUUGAUUUUUCCACUGAAACACAAAAACAUAACAAGUAUGUAGGCUAUAUUUUAUGUUGUGAAUAGCCAACCCUUUCCAUUCGGCAGAUAUUGUUGCUUCUGGGCUGUGCAUUGUAAAUCACAGAAAGUCUACAAUAAGGCAUACGUUGUCUCCCAAAACAUUUUCCACUGAUACUUUACUUAUGUCUGGACUCUAUUUUCAGCGGUUUAGAAAAAUAUAAAGAGAUGGUCCAAUAUAGCUAUUGGUAAUGAAUACAUCUAAUGUGUGUUUCAGGUUUUGACUGCUAAUGUCACGUCUAUAAUCUUUGAAAUACUUGAUUUUUUUGUUCAAAAUUUUGAUGGUAGUUUUUGAAACACUGCAAAAACAAAUCACAUUUUCAAAGCUGUUUUUGUUAAUGUUCAUUAGCUAGUGGUAUAAUUGUGCUCCACAUUUUCAUUGUAUGAUUGUAAUGUUCCAUUUAUAGAGAGAUAUAAAAUAUAUUGGGCAGAACUUAGUUAUGUGUAUUGGUCCGGCCCUCUGCAACUGCCCAAAUUUCUCAUGUAGCCCCUUGGGAAAAUUAAUUGCCCACCCCUGGAGUAGAGCAAUGGUUAUAUGUUAAACCAGACAGAACUAUAAAAAAUCCUCAAAAUAAAAUACUAUAAUAAUAUGA